AUUUAAUUACAAUUUACAAUUUCAUUUUUUUUUUGCCUUCGUCUCUGGCUCCGGCGGCAGAGAACCGAGCGUGUCCCCCUCGCCGCCGCCGACCGGAAGUGCUCGCCGCUUUUGCCUCUCCGGCCGAGUGCAGAGGCCAGAGAGGGCCCUGCCCUGCCAUGCCAUUCCUUGGGGUGUGUGUGGUGUGGACUGUCGUGGUCAAGGAGGGUUAGGCAGGCGACGAAUUCGCUCGGGGCUCGAGAAGCCUUAGCGUGCCGGAAUUUCCUUCUCUCUCUCUCCGCAUUUUUCUUGCUCGAUGCAUGUGGAAAAUUAACUUACUCGGGUAGACUUGCGUAGUCUUCUUCUUCUUCCAGCGGUUCACUGACUUCAUCGCCCGGUUCGGUUUGGUCCGCUUUUGCCUUUUUCUUUCCAACGAAAAGUUUGGCACUGUAGUGAGAUGCUGUGUUACAAUGAUGUUGUUCAGAGCGUGGAGGAGCUGAAGCAGAGCCUGCUGGCGGCGACGACGGAGCUGGAGGCGUCCAAGGAGGAGCUGCGGCGGAAGGAGCAGACCAUCGCCAAGCUCGCCGACCUCGUGCGCCAGGUGGCCAAGGAGCGCGACGACGCGCGGGACCAGGCGCAGCAGCUCGCGCUGCUAGCCAAGCAGGCGCCGGCGCCGGCGCAUGCCACGCCGCAGCCGCCCGCGAUGGUCACCUCCAGCGUCACAGACUCGGACUGCAGCCUCGUCUCGUCCCCGGUGGACCCAUUCUUCGACCCCGUCACCUCCUCCGACCGGCGCCGCUGUGGCGGCAACGGCAAGCUCAGCCCGCCGCCGCCGGCGAAGCAGCAGCAGUUUGGCGCGGACGCCGUGCUCGACAUGCUCGCGGGGAAGAGGCCGCUGCCGCCGAGAGGCAGGUUCCUGCAGUCCGUCAUGGAGGCCGGGCCGCUGCUGCAGAACCUGCUCGUCGCCGGCCCGCUCCCGCGGUGGCGCAACCCGCCCCCCGUGCACGCGCUCGACGCGGUUCCUGUCGGCGGCGUCCGCGGCGGAGUCUACGUCGGCGCGACACCCCUCCUUCAUGCCGCCAACGCCGCCACGGCGCUGGGCUACGGCCCCAACGCCAACGCUUGCAUGAAGCGGCCGAUGCCCAUGGCCGCCGCCAACUGCUCGCCGGGCUUCGUCCCCAAGCGGCACAGGCUGCAUUGAACCUGCUCCGGCAGCUCCGUGCGGCCACCGACCUCGUCCGUCGCCGGCUGCCUUUGUCGCCGACAGCCCACCUGUCGGUGGCACGGCAGCCUGCACUACAGCGUCACGAGUCAUAGAACCAGAGUAUAGUAGAGUCUCGUCAGUCAGUGUUUAAUAGUGGUGUAAAUAGGAAGCUUAAGUUCACUCUUUCUUGCUUGCAUUUCUCAAAUUUUCGUUUGGAGCUUUUGUUCGUGAGAGUCCUAGUGAGAGGUUGUUCAUAGAUUGACAUGAACCAGCAAGUAGAGUUUUUGUAGUUUCUGCUCGGAACUUCAGUUUCCAUUUCAUUCAUGCCCUUUGGCUUGUCUGAACUGUGAAAUGCACAGUUUAUCCCAUUCCCACCUUUAGUUGAUAGCCUGGUUUUGCUAUAUGUCCCCCCUACAAAGAUUUAUGUAUGCCUAUCUUGUCGGGAAAAUGGCAAAAUUAUGUUUAGUAACUUUGCAAAUAUGAGGUUAAAUUGUCCAGUGAUCAGAAAUGCAAGUAUGAGCUUGGACUA